UAAAUAAAAUAAUGAUAAUUCUGUUGAAAAUAGCGGCGGAGGCGUUUCGGUCAUUGGUAUUCAGCCCCCAACCUCAAAAUCCGGCGGCGCAGCAAAACUCCGAUGGAAGAGCCACCACCGUCUUUCGAGCGGAAACAAGAAACUCUCGGCCGUCGCAACUCCUAAUAAUCCAGGCCCAGAAUUUAAUCAAUUUUAGACAGAUCAACAUAUAUCACGACUCAUACGGCGCCGCCGCCACCGGCCAACACAUCGGAAGUACUGUCGUAUUCCUACUUUUCUCCGCCGGCGUUUUCGCCUAUCAGAAAAUCACGGCCGAAACAACCCACCACUCCGCCGGCGAGGAAGAAACUCUUUCCGAACCAAUCGCCGCCGCCGCCGCCGUAACUUUCACCUGCGAGAUCUGCGCCGACGAGAAACCCUUAACCUCGUUCCGCAUCCUCGCCUGCAACCACUGGUACUGCUCCGACUGCAUCACAAAGUACAUCUCAUCCCAGCUCCUGGAGAACAACGCUGCCGCCAUCAGCUGCAUCGCCGCCGGCUGCGACGAGCACCUCGACCCAUAUCAGCUCCGGUCGAUCCUGCCGGAGAAUGUGUUCGUCCGGUGGUGCGACGCCCUGUGCGAGGCCUCGAUUGAGGAAGAGGACAAAUACUACUGCCUGUACAAAGACUGCUCGGCGUUUCUGAUCAACGACUCGGAAUCGAGAAAGGAGAUCAUCGCGCAGGCCAAAUGCCCGGCGUGCGGGAGGUGCUUCUGCGUCACGUGCAAGGUGCAGUGGCACGAGGGUUUCUUGUGCGAGGAGUUUCAGAAGCUGAGAGUUGACGAAAGGAGCAACGAAGAUUUGAUGCUUAUGAAUCUUGCAAAGGAAAACAAGUGGAAAAGGUGUCCACUCUGCCAAAUCUUUGUUGACAGAUCUGAGGGUUGCUUGUUCAUGAAAUGCAGAGACGAACCGCCGGCACAAUUUUUAACCAAGUUUGAGCAUUUUCCCUUACUUUCGGAGAAUGGGAUUGAAAAAUACGAAACCAGAGAAUUUGUAGCUUGUAACUACAAAUGGAGACUCGUAAUUUAUCCUGAUGGUAUAGAAAAAGACAACCAUAUUUCCACGUAUUUGGAAUUGAUUACUUCUCUGCCUGCGAUGGAUUCGGAUAUUAAAGCCAUCUUCAAUAUCUUCUUGUUUAAUCACAAGUUAGACAAUUAUCUUUGUUUCCGAGGGAAUGUUAGAAGCUUUACGAAAACAAAGCCGAAAUGGGGAUUCAACAAAUUGAUCUCGGGGACAAUUUUGAGAGAUCCAUCAAACGGUUACAUUUUCGACAACGAUUGUGUGUUUGGAGCUGAGGUUUUUAUCAUAGGAAGCCAACCGAUAACCGAUUCUUUGUCCCCUAUCAAACCGCCGGCGCCACCUUUGCAUAUUCCAAAAUCCGUCAUCAAUUGUGACUAUGAUCUUGGCUUUGUACCGUUGGCCACUAUUAAUAUGGCAUCAAGUAUGUUGAGCUGCGUGGUGGCAAGUUACUUGAUUGGUUAUUACGGAACCAUGACAAGACAACGUCGAAGAAAAGAAAUUAGACUCGUGGAGAACUCGCAAAUUAUCGUCAUUAUCUGUACAUGA